AUGUUGACCCAGAAAGGCCGAGAACCAUUUAUACGAAUGAAACUGUUCAUGCGUGAGGUGUCCCAGUCGGCCACUAAGGAUCUUGCGCAAAAAGAGCUUGAUAAAGUACAGACGGAGGGCACUGCCGACGUGAUGAUCACCAAAGACAAGGAUCUCUUCAAUGAAACUGAUAUGUCGCCACCAAUCAAAGUUAAGCGUGAAAUCAUCGAAGAUGAGGAGGAAGUGAUCGUUUUGCCGCGCUCCGAAUUCGACACGAUGAGCACCGGCACGCCAGACGAUGCGCCCGAAUCUGGAGCCGACGUCGAAGAUGUCGACACCGCUCUUCUCGUACGAAAAGUCAAAGAUCGCCUUCACUUACAUGGAAUUUCACAAAGAAUUGAGGCCGGACUUCCGCUGGAAAGGAACCUUGUAAAUGGGAAUGGCAAGCGCCUGCCUGAACCGCCCUAUGAACCGCCACCUCGGAAAGUGCAGCGCACGAUAAUAACGGAACAGCAAAAGGAGGCUCUUCGAUUCGUUUUCCAGCAUGAACAUCACCCAAGUCAAAAGACUGUUGAGCUGUUAUCACUGAAGCUGAAUUUGAAUAUUCGAACGGUGAACAAUUGGUUUCAUAAUCAUCGAACAAGGCAGAAAGCAAGUUUGAAAGAAGGAAAAGUUUAUCCUCCUGCAGUGGGAUCGAUUCCCACCAGCAAGAAUUGGCAGCAGGACCUGCAUGCAAUCCUUGAGAAUGCCUCCCGGUACGCUCUUCUCGAUGACGCUCCUCCAACGAUGGUGCCCGUUCCGGCGACUCCACUUUUCACAACCGAACGGUCGGCAAAUUCGUCCCUGGUGGUGUCGACGUCUGACGAUCACCCGCCCGCUACGAACUCGUCCUCCCCGCUCUUCCCCUCCGAGGAUCGCAGUGAAAAGGCCAGCCAAUUGGAUCGAGCGGUGGCCAAAAUGCGAAUGUUGGCCGCCUCAAAGAGUUCAUAG